CAAAAAGUUAGUCUAAAUAAAAAAAUUUUGUGCAAUGUGUUAAAAAUAUAUAAGUGCAAGCCAGUUUAAGCUAAAGUAAUUCAACGAGCACGGGGCAAUAUACGGGAUCUCGUGCAACAUUCAACACCUACAACAACAGCAACAUAUUCACCAUAGCACAAUGUACGCCGUGUUGCUGUUUUUGACGCUGUCGCUGGGACUGACCAAAGGCGCCAUACUACCAGUUUCUUUCGACUACGACUGCAGUCAGGUAGAAUGUGCUACGAAUACCGACAGCUGUCCGCCAGAUAGCAUAGAAAGUGAGCCAGCGCCUUCAUUCGAUGUGCUAUAUGGACCCGAAGAGCUCAUGCCACCGCAUGACUUCUACGAUGAGGUGGAAGAUCUGGGCGAUGCGGUGGAGCAACACUUUGAUGAACUACCAAUGGAAUUGAGUGAUGUUACUGCGUUGCCAUUUGCAGCAAAUUCGACAUUAGGUCAGCUGUCCGAUGAUAGAGCCACAAAAGGCUUGGAGACUGAAAAAGGGCCUGAACUUGUGCUGGUGAAGCGUCAGCUUUACUUUGACAAUGGUCCUACCGAAGCCAUAGGUGAGCAUGAGCGCAUGCUACAAAUAUGUUGUCCGACCAUGACACUUGAGAGUCUACAACGACGGCGGAGACGACGUUAUUCUAGUGUAGAAGAUUGCAAGUGCAAGCCCUGCAAGCCGCUACCGCAGUGUGCGAGCGGUGAGGUUGCCGUAAGAGUGCACGAGGCUAAAGGUGUACCAGGUGACUGUUGUCCAAGUUACAUCUGCACGCCUAAAAAAGAAUGUAACGAUGCUGAUGUGCAACAAUACUGGCGUGAUGCAUGCACACGUUGCAGCUGCCAUGGCGAAAAUGGACCUGAACUUUGCCACAAUGAAUGCCCUAUGAAUGAAAUGGGCGAGAUUGAGAUACAGCGCAGUUGUUACGCUUCCGAUUCGAAUGAGCCCAUGUUGCAUGGCAGCAAUUGGUAUGAGAACAAUUGGUGCACCAAAUGUCAUUGUGAAAAUGGUGAGCGUGAAUGUGUGGGAAGCUUGUGUAUGCCCACCACUUGCAGUAACCCCGUAAAAAUACCUGGACAAUGUUGCCCACAGUGUCCAGUGGGUGUGGAAAAUAUAUUGAUUGCGCACGAGAACUCGAUAGGCACAAGUAAAUCUAGCCAAGCUGAUAAAGAACUGCAAAGUGAAUCCACAACAACUAUAGCCAUAAUACUUGAUAACGGUACGAAUACAAGCUCCCCGGAACCUUCUGCCUUAGCCACUUCCACUUUGACUUCCUUAGAGACAUCCUCAGAAUCUUCAACAGUGCUUAUUGCCGUCGAGAAGCAGUCAACUAGUAGUGAAGAGAAAACGGAGCUUACACACCCUUCAAGUGCAACCACUGAUAUAUCUACGACUGAUGUAUCGGCGAGUACCACUGAAUCCACAACCACUACUAGAAGCAUUGAUGAUAUUGCAUCCGAGUCUUACUUCGGUCCUGUGAUCCACACAUCCACCGAGGAGAGUAGUACCUCGACGCAUGUGGUGUUAGACCAAACUGGUGAAAAGACAACGCAGUCUAUAUUGGAACCAAAGUCUGAUAUUUCUACGUCUACUUCUUAUUUAAACUCGGAAUCGACAUCCACUGUUGAACCAACACCGACGCCUGCAUUUGUGAGCAGCACUAAUGAUACAGUUUCUACUGAAACGUCUACAAUCGAAUUGUCAAAGAGUACAGAGAAUAGCAAGGAGUUCAGUACGACAACAAGCGCUUCAGUGGCUGACAACCUUUCGACUACGGUUGCUGCUUCUUAUAAAGAAAUUACAACAUCCACGGAAACUUCACAAGAAACACCGCUCGCCAUUGGUAAUACUGAGUCUACAACUACCACCAACUUCAAGCCAACUGAAUCGACGACUACAGAACUGGAUUCCACUAGUUCCACAAUUGGAUUUUCUAGUACCACUUCAGUUGGGUCAACUACAACCAUAUCAACGACAUCUUUGGUAUCUGUGGAGACAAGCUCUACACAUCUUUACAGUCCCUCAACCAGCUCGCCUCUUCCCAGCACCGAAAGUCCAAAGACAUCCACCACUUUCACCACAAAUUCACCAUACUCCAGCACCGCAGCCACACAAACCGUUUCAACUGUCAUUUCUUGGUACACAUUUUCAACGUCGGCACCCUCACCGCCCAUACCACAACCGACUGUCUAUCAGCCGAGUGUACGACAGUUCUUCACACGUCCCGAGGUGCGUUAUAUAGGCGCAACAGUAUUUGUCGCUUUCACUGUCAUAUGCGCGCUAGCGGUGUGGAAAUUUUGUAUGCCAUCACGUAGCGAGAGACUAAAAAAUCAUUAUCGAACGGUGCCCAGCUCGGAAGCGACCAGUUUGAGUCACAUUUCAAGUACGUCGCACUCGUCUAUGGCAUAGAUGGUGACCGAAUGAGAAAGGGAAGUAGGAAAUAAACAGAGAUUAAGUGUUAGAAGGUGCUGCCAUGAUUCUCAGUGGUGGGCGCAGACUUUUUAAAACUGAAUUACAUAUGUUGUUGUAGUUAAGAAACUUAGUCAAGUUUAUGUUUAAGUUGCUAUGGUGGGUAUGACAUAUUAUUUAGUUUUGGGGGAUAAUCGCUGUUAAAAGAAUUACAGGUCGGGUUGCUAAGGCCCUUAAAGUGUUACAGAUGUUGGGUAUUUCAAAGAAUUCAAAAUAAAAUAAUGAUAUUAAUAUCGUAAAUGUUUACACAAUAACCAUAUGGUGUAUUUAGCACAGCCAGGCACCAGACUUGCACUGCUUAGCCAAUUCACACACCUGAGUUGACUUUUUUUAAACGCUACUAUUCAAUAUAUAAUAUAUAGCAAUAUCUAUCGCAAAACCAAACUUUUCAUAUAAGUUAUCUUCUACAAAAAAAGUAAUUUCAAUAUGCAAUACAGUUCUAUGGUUUCCAUAAUAGGACAAAUCAGAGUCUAGGUAUUAAAUAUGAUAAAAAGUAAUGAGAAAUGAAAAUAUCGGCGCUACUUCGUUAAUUCCGUUAAAGUUUUGUUGUCAAAGAUGCACCACGUUCUGAAGUCGAAUUGCCGAAAAUGUUGUUAAAAAUGGAAAUCGUCAAGUCCAACUGAAGGCCAAUUUAUAGCGCACCGAAAUCGGCAUAUUUCUGAGGCGGAUUAUUACUGGUGAUACGACAACGUUAACCGAAAAUAGCCGUGGUCGUAGCGUUUGCUGGGUGUUUGGGGUCGUGAACAUGAAAUGAGGUAUUAUGAGGUACUUCUAUACGGUCAAACAGUUAAAGCGCAUCUUUACUAUUAACAAUUGAACCGUCUGAAGAAAGCCAGUAGCCGCAUAUUUGAACUAAAUCGGAUCAUUUCAACAACUUUCAAUUUUAUGGAAAAAUAAUUUUGAACUAUGCAGACCAGCUCCGACCCUAACAACCGCCAUAGUCGACGUAUUACGUAUACUCUUGGAUGACGUCUACGACAACUUAUCUAUUAUUACCCGUUACAACAACAACGACAUGUAUUACAUUCCUAACUGUCACUCAGUGAUCGUUAGGUAUAGUUAGGCUUAGUCUUAAGCUUUUGGGCGCACAAUGUCGAAACACGAAACAUUUUUCUGAUAUAAAAAAAAUUCUGAGCUGAGGUAUCAGGCAUACAAAAUCGACUUACAGCUUAUGACACCCUGUAUUUGUGAUAUUUAUGAAUAAGUAUGAAAGUAAAUUCAUAUAUUCACUUGGCAUCGCCGACACUAUAACCUUCUCAAGCAAAUAAACACUCAAAACUAUGAAAGUGUCAAAACAAACGCCAGCAAUUAUUGGAAAAAAUUACAACUAAAAAAACAAAAUUAUAAUUCUCAUUUUAAAUCUUAUUUUAAUAUUGUAUUUACUUAGGAAUUAAGCACUACACUAUGGCAAAUGAUUAUUUUUAAUUUUUUUUUAUUGUAACAAAUUUUACUAUUAAAAUGCAUAUGUGUGUAUUAUAUUGGAAUGUACUGAAAGAAAGCGCAAAAAAAAUCAGCAAUUGGCAAAGAUAAUUUAAAUAAUAAAUUUUGUAGGCGUUUACGUGUGUCGCAAGACAGCAAAAAACAAAAAGGGAACAACAAAUUCUCACACAAAUAUUUAUUUUUAAUUUAUUUGGAUUUUUCUCUAUUUUUGUUUUUGUACUGUCGCAUUAUUUAACGUAAUUGGCAA